GAGGCAAAGGCGGAGGCAGAGGCGGAGGAGCUUUGAAAGCAGUCAUUGUGUAGGACUGGACGGGGAAUCAGGAGACCUGGUUUCUAAUCCCUGCUCUGUCACUAACAAGCUGUGUGAUCUUCGAAGCUUAAGUGAAAAUGGUACAUGUUAGAAGACACGAAACAAGGAAAAAUUCUAAAACUCAAGAGCAUGAGCAGAAAUCUCGAGUUGAUUGGAGGCGGACUAAAAGAAGUAGCAUUUCACAGUUAUUUGAUAGUGACGAAGAGCUUGACAACGACGACGAGUUUGACAGCGACGAAGAGCUUGACAGUGAUGAAGAGCUUGACAGUGAUGAAGAUCUUGAUGGUAACAGGGGGUUUGAUAGUAAUAAAAAGCUGGAAAAUGAAAGAGAACUUAGAUUAAUUAAUGUUGAAAGUGAUGGUAGUAACUGUGAGCAUCUCGUGAACACUGGCAACAGUUCAACAUAUGAAGAAGAAAAGAACAAAAACAAACAUAGAAAUAUUGACUUACUAGAUCAUGAAAAGCAUUCAAAUCAAGAGGAUGAUGAUCUCAACAAACACCCUGGACAAAUACUAGAAGAGGACUUAGAAGAAGAACAUAUCAAGCGAGGGAAGAGAAAAAGGAUCUCCUCUGUUAUGUAUGACAGUGAUGAGAGUGAUGAUAGUGAUAUCCUAGUUAGAAAAGUAGGUGUUAAGCGUCCACGUAGAGUGGUUGAAGAUGAAUGUUCUUCAGUCGAGAUGGAGCAAAAAAAGCCUGAAAAAACUUUAGCUGCAAGAAAGAGAGAACAACUCCAGAAACUGAAAGAACUCUCAAAACAAAGAUCUCGUCAGAGACGCAAUAGUAGUAGAGAUUUUGAGGACUCUGAAAAGGAAUCCUGCCCAAGCAGUGAUGAAAAUGAUGAUGAGGAGGAGGAAGAUGAUUAUGAAUAUGAUGAAGAUGGAGAUGAUUAUAUUAUUGAUGACUUUGUAGUUCAAGAUGAGGAGGGUGAUGAAGAGAAUAAAAGCCAGCGAGGAGAAAAAUUGACUACAUCACAACUGAAAUUAGUAAAACAGAAUUCUCUUUAUUCUUUUAGUGACCACUAUACUCACUUUGAAAGAGUUGUGAAGGCUCUUCUGAUCAAUGCUUUAGAUGAAUCUUUUCUGGGAACAUUGUAUGAUGGUACCAGACAAAAAUCGUAUGCACAAGAUAUGUUGACAUCUCUCCAUUAUUUGGAUAACCGCUUUGUUCAGCCUCGUCUAGAGAGUUUAGCUUCUAGAAGUCGUUGGAAAGAGCAAUAUAAGGAGCGGGUGGAAAAUUAUUCUAAUGUAAGUAUCCAUUCGAAGAAUCCUGAAAACUGUUCCUGCCAGGCCUGUGGAUUGCAUCGCCAUUGCAAAUACUCGGUGCAUUUAUCAGGAAAGUUGUACAACACCAGGACUAUGGAAACAGAUGACUUCAUGUCACAAGAUAAACAGGUGUUUACUGUUGGCAGAAUUUGUGCUGAGCGUACCAGAAUUUAUCAUAAACUGAAACAUUUUAAGUUCAAGCUGUACCAGGAAUGUUGCUCCAUUGCAAAGACAGAAGAAGUUGAAGACGAGCAGGUUAAAGAAACAGUGGAAAGAAUUUUCAGUCAGUCAAAGGAUAGUGGCUGGAUUAAGGAGAAAUAUGGUCAACUUCAAGAAUAUCUAAAUUGGGCGGAUUACUUUCAAGAUGAGAAGUUUGACUGAAUUGUAACACAUUUCCUUCAGAGAAGAUUUAUAUAAAUUCCUGUAAAUGUGAAGAUCAUGGGUCUUGUUUCUCUGUAUCAUGUGGCAUAUUUGUAUAUUUUAUGUGUAUUUUCAUGGCAAAUAUCUUGUUUAAAACAUAUAUUCAUCUUGAUUUCCAUGAAACGGCACUCUACAGUCAAAUAAAAGUUUUAUCUGCUGUACAUAAAAACAUUAGCCUAAAAAUUUUUAAGUAAGAGUAUUUUAAAGUUAUAAAACAAUGCCUUUAUAACAGAUGAUUAUCAAGCAAAUGAACUGUUCAUGUCCUGUCAGCUUAGUAGACAAAUAUUGUAUUUUAAAAAAUGAAUUCAGACUAACAUCUAUGUGUAGUUAUUAUUGAAUCCCUACCCAGAUGUUUUUAUUAUCCUUUCACAGUAUUAAAUGAUCUGCACUGAUAUAUUCUUUACUGCUGUCAUUAUCUAAAUCAGUGGGCCAUGGAAGAAAUGUAAUGUUUCAUUCAGUUCAAUCCCAUCAUGUCAGAAGGAAGACUGUAGUUUACCCACUCUAAAGAGGAGUGCUUUUCUCCUUUUCUAAGGAGUCUUUCAACCCUCAUAUUCAGGAUUAAUUUCAUGAUAUGUAUUUUCAUGCUUCAUAAUGUUCUUUCUAUUUUUAUUCAAUUUGUCUACAUUUAAAGAUUAAGAUGUAUUUUAUUUAUUUUUAUACAUAACCCUUCCCAUAUAUGUAUUUAUGUUAGGAUCUGAAGACCUCAGACAAAUUCAGCCGAAAAUAGCUUAAAAGCAUACUUUGGCAUUUGCAUUGCUUUGCACAUCUAAAUUUUCUCAUAAUAUAAUAAAGUGAAAUGAUUUCCUGGUGACCAAAUGGA